AUGACCACUGCCGCCCCCCACACUCCCCCCGCCCAGCAUAACGACGCCGACCUCGACGGCAAGCCCCAGGUUCUCAAGCCGUCCCCCACCCACUCUAUCGACUACAAGGACGCUGCAGAGUCCCCCGAGGUGCUCGAAAAGACGAGGCGCAAGUACUCGCUCGGCCUCUACCACUGGACCCGCGAUAUGUGGGAGCACGCUCGUCAGGAUGUCGCGCGCCGCUCCUCUGUCUCAUCUACCGAGUCUGACGUUCCCUCGCCUCGCAAACACCAGCGAUCUUACAACUCUGACGUCGGCAAAGACGUCGGUGCCGUCCCCGCCUACCACUGA